CAAAUAUCGGUAUACUAUGCUACACAAACGGGGACUUCCGAAAGCUUUGCACGCCAACUGGAACGGGAAGGACCAUCACAUGGAUUCUACGUACAUGUUGUCGAUUUGGAGGAUAUUGGUGUCGAGGAUGUUGUUGAUGAGAUACAGAAAGACCAAGAAUCCGGAAUUUCCCGAGCCGUUUUCUUAGGGGCUACAUACGGAGAAGGGGAAGCUCCAGACAACGCGACGCAGUUUGUGGCUGCCUUGGCGAAAAAGGCUGCGACGGAAAUGCUGUUUCAAAAUCUAAAAGUAGAGGAACUCUCUGUACCGGACAGGUGUCUAGUCGGUUUGGAUUUUUGUGUGUUUGGUCUCGGGAAUAAGCAAUACGAUCAUUACAAUGCGACCGGAAAGUUCCUUGACCAUGCCUUGGAAAGAGUUGGCGGAAAUCGGAUUCUCGGGCUAGGUAUGGGCGAUGACGAUGGCGACUUGGAAGGCGAUUUCGAAACUUGGAAGGACAAGAAGCUUUGGCCAACAAUGGAACGAUUGUACGUUUUCGACAAGGAGGCGCUGGGCAAGCGCAAGCGCGAGGCCGCCCUUCGAGUGGAGCUUCCUGACUGCCAAUACGAGGUACACUACAUCGACAAUGGAGAUUCAGAUUUUAAGCCGAUGCCAUUUGAUCAGGUUCAUGGAUCAAGCCGUCACUACUUUACGGCAGUAGAUUGUCCCGUGACGAAAGUCCAGGAGCUUCGAAGCUCGGAAGAGCCGGGCUCGACAGUGCACGUUGAAAUUGACAUUUCCAGUGCCAGAGGUCUUACGUAUGCAACUGCCGACAACCUUGGUGUGCUGCCUGUGAACGCCGCAGAAACUGUAGAAGCGGUUGCCAGGGCACUUUGUUACGAUUUAAAUGCAGUAUUCUAUGUCAAGGCAGCUCCCAAUCAUGAAUGGCACGGUGCACCUUUCCCUAUGCCCCUCUCGAUCCGAGAAUGUUUGACCCGCUAUUGCGACUUAACAUCAGCACCUCGACGAUCUGAUCUCAAGCUUCUUGCAUCAUAUGCAAAGGACCCCAUGGACCAGAAGGCUCUGUUACGCAUGUCGUCAAAGGAAGGCCGGACAGAAUACAAGGAAAAGGUUCUGGCAAGCUUCGUUGGAAUUGUCGAUCUUUUAAAGCUUUGCCCUUCGAUCGAAAUUCCCUUGGCACAUUUUUUGGCCGUUUGUCCCCUGCUACAGACUCGCUUCUUUACCAUCAGCUCGUCGGCCUCCGUGUAUCCAAAUUCAAUUCACUUGACAGUGGCCGUGACAGACGCGUUACGUUCCGAUGGUACCAUGUUCAAAGGCGUGUGUUCCAACUAUCUUGCAAGUCGUGUCCCUGGUAAGGACGUAAUAAGGGUGUAUAGCCGUCCAUCAACAUUCCGCUUGCCUCAGGAUAGUUCGAAGCCAAUUUUAUUGAUUGGUCCCGGUACAGGAGUGGCACCUAUGCGAGCGCUCUUACAAGAACGAGCGUACCAACGUGAGCACCUAAACCAAUCCGUGGGACAGAAUAUUCUUUAUUUUGGUUGUAAGAAGCGAUCUUAUGAUUUUCUAUACCAAGAAGAAAUGGAGAGAUUUCAUUGUGAAAAGAUUAUCGAUAAGCUGUACCUAGCAUUCAGUCGGGAUGGCGACCAAAAGAUUUACGUCCAACAUUUGCUGGAACAGAAUAGCGAAGAAACAUGGAGACUCAUUCACUUCGAGGGCGCAUACGUUUUUGUGUGUGGUGGCGUUAAAAUGGGCCAUGACGUAGCCGAGACUCUCAAGAAAAUUGCGGUUUCGCAAGGCUCGAUGUCACUAGAAGGAGCAAAGUCCUACAUGACCAAUCUUGCCAAAGAAUCUCGAUACGUUCAAGAACUGUGGGCAUAG